AUGACCUUAACAGACAUUGUAGAUUUAUCUAGCGAUGAUGAACUUGGAGAGGUUGAUGUGAAACCUGUUAAGUUGGAGCCAGGUCUCGUUGCAAGAAAAUUGCAACAGAAUGAGAACAAUAAGGCUCUACUUGCGAAGCAUCAAAAGUCAAAGAUCCCAUGUGCAAUACGAGAACCUGAAGAAAAUAGGAGCUCAAAUGCUCUAAGUACUGGUCACAGUAGCUCUAGUAUAUUAGACCAAGGGCAGUCACCAGUGGAUGAUACUGGCCUUUCUUAUACAUCGCCUUUAUCUCCAGCACCACUUUGUCGGCAGUUUUGGAAAGCUGGGAACUACAAUGAUGGCAUUGGUUCUAAAGUCACAAUUCAAAAUGGCAAAAACUAUCUACAUGUCCACCCAAUGUUCCUUCAUUCAAAUGCCACUUCACAUAAAUGGGCCUUUUGUGGUAAAUUCAAUCUUACUUCAUUCUUCUUUAUGUAUAUAUUAAUGAAUUCAACUUUAUGUAUGUUGUGCUUUUUUCCUUUUUGA